AUGUACAAAAAGAACUGCCCAGCUGGACUGAGGUAUAAUUACGUCAUCAAGCAGUGUGAUUGGCCAGCUAAUGUAACAUGUGAUGAAGGCAAGUAAAUUCGAUUGGUUUCGGAGAUUAUCAAUGACAUGAGUAGAAUUUAGAUAUUGUAUCGAUAAUAUUAUGGAAUGUUUUUAUUAUUUUUAUUUAAGGGAUUGUUCCAGUAGAGGUGCGAACCAUUUUGGCAACCGCUGGUAAGCUUGUUUUCUUCUAUUCUUUAUCCCAUAGUUAAUGACAGCCAACAAUUUUCCUGCUUAUUACCCAUCCAGGUCCCGGUUGUUCAAACGUUGGAUAGCGCUAUCCAGUGGAUAAAUAUCUAUUCAGUGGAUAGUGCAAUCGAUUUUCCUAAUACUUAUCCGCUGGAUAGCGCUAUCCAACGUUUGAACAACCGGGGCCAGGUGUUUUAUGCUUUGAGUUCAUUUUCCUUCCAUAUGAAUUCAGAAAGUAAUUCCACGGGAAAAUUGAAUCCCGUUACACAAUACCCGUAACCCGUAAACAGACCUUUUGCUUUGCAUUUACUAGUUCGAAGAUAUAGCUCCUUACAAAUGGCUAAACGGUGGCAAACUGAGAUGGGAGACGUCAUAGCCGAGUGAUCAGUGAGGUGGACCCCGCAAUCCGCGGUUCCCGAGUUCGAGUCCCUCUUGAAAACUAGCUGAAUUUGUCCUCGGUAGUCCCUAGUCUAACUAUUUGGCCAGGUUUGAGCUUGUAAAGACCUUGAUGUAGCUGACAGAAAGUACUGUCAGAAACUUUCUACUUUUCAGCUUUUUAAACCGUUCAUCAUCUUCAAACUAUUUCUCAUUUUAGUACCCAGCGGUGCCAUGAAUGAACCAGACGUCUGCUUCUCAUGGCGCUCACAUGUGAAAACCUUCGAUGGCCGUUAUAUUUACUUCCCUGGUCGUUGCACUUACAAACUGAUACACGAUUGUCAGGACGAUUUGUUUUCUGUUCAUAUGUUUACUGACCCUCAUUGUAAAGACACAGAAACCUGUCGUCGAGCAGUUAAUUUGUACUUGGGAGGACUGGACAUAAAGGUAAUCAACACUGUCGCGUUUCUCGUUUUCCUUUUUUCAAAGCUUUUUUGACCAUUUUUCCCUAGAGAAAUUCAGUUCCAUGCUUAAAUCGUUCGUUUUCUCCUUAUCGUAUAACAGCUAAUCUAAUGAAAUAACAAUCAGAAAUCACGAGACAACUUUUCGAGUGGUAACCCAUACUAUUUUUGACCCCUUUCUCUAUCUUGCGAGGUUCGUACAGACAACAGUUUUGUUUUCUUUAUCUUAACACUAUCGAUGCGUUCACCUUGGCUCAUACACCUGACAAGUCAAGACAUAUCUGCAUCUCAGCUGGCCUGUGUUUGAGACGUUAGAGGAUAAAUUCCUGUCCAGAAAACAUUUCUUUUUUGACAUGAUAAUAAUGACAUCUUUGUGAAACUACCUUUUUUAGAUCCAGUUGGGGGAAAGUGACCAGGUGACUGUAAAUGACAAAAACGUCUCUCUUCCUCAUAUCAUAAACAACGUGGUAAUUGAGAAAGUUUCCAGCUACACUGUAACAUAUGGCUACAAUGGAAUAACGGUGUUAUGGGACGGGAAGGAUGCCGUGUAUGCGCAUGUUUCCACUAAUCACAGAAAUAGGACCUGCGGACUCUGCGGUAACUACAACGGCUUGCCGGACGAUGAUUUUAUGACGUAUGAUCAUCAACAAGUGUCUUCUGUCGCCAAAUUUGGGAAUAGUUGGCGUAUGACUGACGUCAAUCAAUUGUGCCCCAACGUCCGUGAAGAGGAGACAAAGAGUCCGUGUAGCUCAGUCACAAAGUACAAUAUGACGCAGGUAACUAUUUUAAAAAAAGGCACAGAAUAUAUAGUGCAGUUCAUGCAUAAACUUGCGUGUGCUGGGAGAAUCUCGCUCAGAACUUAAUUCGUCUCAGUCUUCUGAAUCAAACAAAUUCUUAAAGAUCUCCCAAAUUUCUGAAAGACCUCCCAAAUUUCUCCUUCCCACGCUUACUAAAACAACAUCUCCUAAUAAGACAAUUUGAAAGUUGACCAUUUUCGUUUUUUCUCCAUAUAGUGUAUAGAGUGUGUUAUUUAUUUACAUUUGUUGUUGUUGUUUUUUCCUUUUCUGCUAUUAUACUUGGCAACACUGUGUUAAAAAUAUCAUUUUAUAGCUAAGAACUAGCACGGAGACGUUUGUCAAUUUAGUUCCUAGACAUCCUUUUCUCAGUAUUAUUUUAUGUAACAAUUUCUUCUUUUUCAUUCCAAAAGCCACCGAAAAAUGUAAAAAUUUUCUCCAGUUGGAUUUCAUAAUAAAGGUUGUUGUUGUUAUAAUUAUAAAUAAAUAAAUAAAUAAAUAAAUAAAUAAAUAAAUAAAUAAAUCUCGCACCAAAUUAGAAAAAAAAACAAUUUACAAGCAUGGUAUCUACUUCUGAAAAGCUCCUUUGUUAUUAUACGCUACAUUACCAAUUCGAGUCUUAUUUCUUGUAGGUACACAAAUUGUGCUCUUAUCUGCGUAACUCGACCUUUUUCCUUUGUCACAUGGUCCUGGAUCCUGCGCCAUUCAUUAAAAUGUGCGAGGAAGAACUCUGUAGGUGUAGCUUAUCAGAGCGCAGGGACUGCGCAUGCUCGGCUUUCACACAGUACGCAAGGGCAUGCGCACGGAACAAGGUACCGAUAUCUUGGAGAACCAAUAGCUUUUGCCGUAAGUGUCUUAUUUUAUGUCUAUUCGCUUUCUAUCUUACUGAUUACUACAUUCGUGUCAUUGCCUAAUUUUUCCCUUAUGACCAAGGAUAUUUUCGUGAAUGCUUAAAAUGAUUGUGUGCGAACGAACUAUGUCAAUGAUCUGAUUUAUCUAACAAUUUUUAAUAGCGAUCAAGUGUCCAAAUACCUUGUGGUUUAAUGAGUGCGGUUCCUCCUGUUCUCCUACCUGUCAAAUAAAGAAAAGGAACUACAUUUGUCCUCAGCGAUGUCUGGAUGGCUGUUACUGUGCUAACGGAACUGUGUAUGAUGGUCAGCGGUGUGUACCUGAGCAGCAGUGCCCCUGUUUUCACAACAAACAACAAUUUGCUCCUAAUUCUGUCAUCAAACGAGAUUGUAACAACUGGUAGGUAUCCUCACCUAUAUCCAAUCCUAUAUCAAACGAAAUUGUAACAACUGGUAGGUAUCCUCCCUCGCCUGCAUGACAGGUAUGCUAAAUAAGGACACAAUCAACUUUACAAGGAAAGCUUUGAUUUUCUUCGCAGUUUAUAUCCAACCGAUUUUGUGAAAACCAACCCAACGAAAUUUGCAGUCAUUUGAGUGAAAAGGCGUCAAAAGGCAGGUUUCUUGAGCCCGAGAAGCUCCAAAAUCAUAGUAACGAAGGAAAAGGAAAGGAGAAAAAGAAAGAGCGAGGAGAGGGAAAGGAGGAGAAGAGAAAAAAGCAAUGGUUACACUCUUAGUUUUUAUAAUGGCUACUUUGGAGUCCAUUUUGGCGGUAACGUUAUCAAAAAUCCGGCUAGAUAAAAACUAGCCCAUGUGCCUUAGUAUGUGUAAAAACGCAUAGAACCUUUUUUGGUUCCAUUACUACUCACUCACACGGUAACAAAUGCUGGCUUCUAAUUGGUUUAUCCCAGUGGAGUUCCAUGUAUUGCCCUUGACAAAAGACACUUAACAGAUGGAGUAAAAUGCAAUGCGUCCAGAUGGUCAGAUUAAGGAAAUAAAACGUUCUCAAGUGUUCACUUUUUUGUAAGCGUUUUUCUGCUUUGUUUCCAGCACAUGUGCAAAUGGAAGAUGGAGAUGUACUACCAAGCAGUGUCCUGGUAAGAGUCAUGUAUUCUGUUAUCACACUUAAGAUGGGAUGGUAUAAUAAAUAACUAAUAAAUAAAGAUUUGAAGGUACCACAUCCACAAAGUGGUUCUUCGUUCUACCUGAUUCCUGGUCGAAUUGGAAUUUGGAAGUGUUGGUUUUUGAGGAGAGGGGAAAACCGGAGUACCCGGAGAAAAACCUCUCGGAGCAAGGGAGAGAACUAACAACAAACUCAACCCACAUAUGGCGUCGACGCCGUAUCUCGCGAAGACAGAAAAGUUACCUUUUUCUGAAAAGCGUUUCUGUUUUUUCAGCCAGUGUUCUGUCAGCUGAAAAUGUAGUAUGACAAUUUCCAACUCUUGAUCCUACCGUAAAUACACUGCCUUACAAAAAAUAUAUUUAUUGAUGUGAAGUUUUUGUUCAAAAUGUUGAUCACAUCAUUCCUCCUCCACAGGAAUAUGUUCCAUUAGCGGGGAUCCACACUACAGAACAUUUGACGGACUACACUUCUCCUUUAUGGGGAGAUGUCAGUACGUUUUAGCAAAAGAUUGUAUCAAUAAUUUAUUCACAAUACUCGUGGAUAAUGUAGAAUGCGGCUCUGGUGGUACUGUGUCUUGCACCAAAAACGUCUACAUACAGCUCAAUGGGACAGUAAUUACACUCAAGGAAAGAGGGAGGGUCCUCAUUAACGGAAACAAAAUUGCUGAUUUUCCAAGAGUAGUUACAAGUAAGUAACAAAUCGGAACUUUGAACAAGUCGGAACUUUGAUGAACUUAAGAAAUGAUAAAGACGAGUGCCAGUCACAAUCUAUUUUAUCUGCGUCAAUAAAAUCGGAAAUCAGAUACCAGUAUAUUGGUUUUAUUGCUUCCCUCAGAAUGCUAGCAACUCCGAGGAGAAAAAGUACGAAAAACGGUUAUCUACCACGUAUCGUUUGCCUUUUGUAUCAUUUUGGAACAUUUUCACUUUUAUGUUUACAGUUUCCAUCAGUUUCUUUUAGUUUCCUCCAGUUUGUUUUAUGUUUACAGUUUUCCAUAGAAACUGUAAAACGCUAUGACGUCAUGUCGUCUCCGUAAUGUACGUAAGUAAGAAAAGUGACAAUACUGAAGGCUAGUAAAAAAUACUUUAUGAUUCAGUUCGCAAACAAGUAGAGUCUAUUCAGCUCUCCCGGACUAGUCUUUGCUUGUCAUUAUAUCAUUUUUUUGUCGUCAAAAGAAAUUUUGCAAAAAAGGGUAAUCGUGGUCAUCGGCGUGCUACACAACAUGAAGGUGAAAUGUGACCUGUUGCGUCGAAAAAUGUAUUUUUCUGGAUGCAAGAACUCACGCUUCGUUUUCUUCGAUGCAAGUCAUCGGCGCGCUAUAUGAAGUGAAGUGAAGGUGAAGUAUCAAGACGACAAUGCCUAGCUUGACAGUCUGACAGUGUUUUGUCCAAAAAAAACUUUAAAAUAAUAUACAUGUUGAACAUAUGUUGCUAUUUUCUUCCUGUAGAUUACAUCAUCAGGCAGCUGUCUUCAUCAGUAAUCUCUGUUCAAAGUCCUAUUGGAGUACUUGUCACUUGGGACGGUAUCUCGCGUGCCUACGUCAAGGUUGAGCCGCGCUUCCGUGGAAUGACUUGUGGGUUAUGCGGAACUUUCAACAGCAACCAAAACGACGACUUAACGACGAAAGAGAACCUCGUAGAAACAAGUGUCUUAGCUUUCGGAAAUUCUUGGAAAGUGAAUCCAGUUUGUAACGACACAAAGGCUUCUAGACAUCCGUGUGAAAUGCAGAUUCAAAGAAAAGCCACGGCAGAAAAGUUGUGCAACAGGUUGAUGCAAGCUCCAUUCAACAAAUGUCAUCACACUUUAAACCCUGCUGAUGGUUACCUUGCUGACUGCAUAUUUGACGUGUGUGGGUGCCAGCAGAGUACACAGUGUUUAUGCAACGCUAUCGCUAAUUAUGUGCACGACUGUGCAAGACGUGGGGUGGUUAUCGAAUGGAUUAAUUCUCAAGUUAUGCCACAGUGUGGUAAGUAUUUAGUUUUCCAUUGUUUUCAAAAUUUUCUUCCUAUGUCCCGUAAUUUUCUUGGGUAUUUAAAACUACAUAAAGCUUAACGGAAAGAAUAGAAGUCAAAACCAUCACUAAAGUUACUCCUGGGAAAUGAACUCGGGACCCCUCAGACAGAACGCCGCGCGCACUAACCAACUGUGCAAUCCUUGCUCCUGCUUUCCCUUUCACAGGUGAUUAGGUCUAUUUUAAGCUGGUGUAUGUGUCAUAUUUACUGGCGUUAUUCGGUACACUCAUACCAAGUUGGGAUAGGCGAGAGCGGGACUCAGCCCACGAAAGCUUAUUAACAGGGUUGCGACUGUCAGAGGUUCGCGGUCCGUAGAGGAUCCUUUAUGUUUCACAAUAUUCAGAUCACUGAAAGUGUUGCGGCUUCGGUUUUUUCCCUCGUUCCAGAAGACUAGAAAAUUUAACCAUUUUUAACGAGAUGACAGAGCAAUUGCAGUAGAUUCACCUCAGUUAUAUAACGAUCCUAGGUUUUUUGGCGCAGAAUGGAACCAUGGCCUGUCGCUUCGGUACCAGUCAGUAUUUUUUACGACCUAAAUCUUCCUGACCAUUUCCGUUUUUUUCUAGUGAAAAUUGAGAUCAGUCAUGCCAGCUGGUUCGUUAAAGGCAAACAAGUGCUUAAUAUAUAUGUUAAAGUAGUGAACUGCGCCUUCUUAUAAACUUAAAAGAUAAGACAGGCGGAUCAUGUGAAUAUACACAGCCAGAUUUCUAUUUCACUGUCUUACCAUUUUCAGACGUUGUUUGUUCAAUUCCCGGACAAAUGUACCAGGUGUGCGGAUCGUCUUGUAAACGAACGUGCCGCGAAAUCUCCAUGGACGUGCCUUGUCUUCGGGAAUGCGCUGAGGGCUGCAACUGUCCUGUCGGAAAGGCGCUGACAGAUGAUAACCAAUGUGUGCCUUACUCAAAGUGCCCUUGUUACCACAAUGGGCGCGCGUAUGCGCCUGGGACUGUGAUCAAACCUACUAAUUGCAAAGAAUGGUAAGAAAUUUCUUCUUGAUUUUAAUCCAUUCAGUCCUAUUGAGAACCUGGUAAGCAGACAAUGUACUGUAAAUUACCAGAAUAACCUUUAGGUUCAAAUCCCGGCCGGACCAACACUCAGGGUCUUUAAAUAACUGAGAAGAAAGUGCUUCCUGUUGUAACUUGGAAGUCCAAGAACGAAAUCAUUAAAUAUAACGAGCGACAUUAAACAUGACAGCUCUAGUCUUUUUUUACCCGUUCUCAUUCGGCGCAAGCGCAUCGAGAGAAAUCAUGGCAGUGUCAGUAACAGGCAAUCGGUAUGGACACCGUUGGUUGCUUCUGUGCAAUAUGAAUGUCUUCCUCAGUGCCGGUCAUAAUGGACUCAUUCAACGUUGCUGUAGGAGGGAUGUACGGAGACAGUAUGGCUGGAUCGGGAACAAUCUGGCAAUCAAGCUUAUGGCUCUUUCGCGGUAUUUUACUACACAAUCAGUGAAUUAGAAUAGAACAAUACACUAAAUUCCCUUGUUUUAAUAUUUGAUCAACAAAAAAGUGGACCUCUGGAACCUGUGGGGGGUGCGAGCGCACCCGUCGCACCCCUUCACUACGGACCGUGUCUAACUUCUUCAGACAAUCCUUGUCUUCAAUCUUCAGUGGUGCCGAAAUUUCAGACCUUGGCAUUGCAUGAAUAUCAUACAACACAUACAACUCAUCUUCUUCAGAUAAUUGUACCCGAGGUGACUCUUCUUCAAAACCCAUGACAUUUACUUCCGCCCUUGUUACAAACUCGAACAAAAUGUCCCCGUAAGUUGCAAUAGCUACAAACAGAAUUCCUAAGUUUGCAUUUAGAUCUUACGUGGUCAGAACUACCGCAUGAAAAGUAAGCAUAAGAAGCCACUGAAUGAGAUCUGAACGAGGUCUGGCGAGAGACGGCCGCGAAGUAGACGGAGAAGGGGACGGUAAGGCAGAGAACGCCUUUGCAACUGAAUUCACUCAUUAAGGCAAUUGUUGCUGGUGAACUUGCAGUCUGUUAAGCCACUUGGAGAGCCUCUUGAAAUGUUCAGUCUUCACUCAACAGUUUUUUACAAGUCUCAGUACCAUACACAAACUGGCCUCGGAGUGAGCUGUUCAGGAAUUCGCCAAAAUUACAAGUGGCGGCCAGAUGUCUUAAACGCUCACUGUAAACCGACAAGGUUUCAUUUUCUUCUUGACAACAUCGAUGAAAUCUGUAGGAUUCGGCAACUUCCAAUCGCUUGGGCUUAAAAUGUUGUCGCAGUAGUUCACAUAACGUUUCAAAUGUUUUAUAUUUUCGAUUAGCAGAGCUGCACAAAUCGCGAAGAGUGCUCUAAGUCUUCUCACCAAUUACGAAUAACAGCCGCAGUUAAAUCCUCUGAACUUUUCCCAAUAUCGCUGACUUCAAAGAACCGAUCAAUUAUUUCAAGGUAAGCCGUAAACGUCUCAGAGGACGGAUCAAAUUGACCAACAGAACCAACAACCGGGGAAGCCAUGGCGGAAUUCGCAAACGCUCCAGAGAACACGUGCGUGAAAGGACAAACGAACGAAACGGAGUGAAAGAAUGUCAUCCGUUUAAGGAAAUAGCGGAAAGUUGCCCAAUGGAUCCCAUCCUCGUCGCCAGAUGUUGUAACUUGGAAGUCCAAAAACGAAAUCAUGAAAUAAAACGUGCCACACUGAACAGAACGGGCGCGAUCCAUUCAACCAAAAUUCCAACCGGUCCGACCGGGAAAACGGGUCCACCUCAAAAGGUGGACCAGUUUUUUCGAAACUUUUCAGGCUGGACCGAACCGAUCCAUUGAGUUUUGGACCGAAAUUUCCCGAAAUCUUGGCUGAAUGGAUCGCGACCAACAGCUCUAGUUCUUCUAUCCCCCAUUCUCAUUCCACGCAAGCGCACUGUAUGAACGUAAUACAUCUGUGACGUAACUUCAUUUAUUGUAACACAACUUCAGGAAAUAAAUUCACGAUAUAACACUGCCUUUGUAAUGACAUCUGCAAACGGUUAGACUUUCUAGUCUUCUCGGAAAAGGACAAAAAACAGUAGGCGCCGUCUCACAGCACUGUUCGAAAAGGGUAGGGGACGUAGAUCCCGGUUGUGUGGCCAAGGAGAGAUCUUGAUAUGGGGGUAACCUCAUGAUCCUCCUUCAGGCGUGGAUUACCUUAAACAGGUAUAUAUAGAGAGAUCUUGAUGGUCGCGCGGACGUGGAAUAAACCAUUCGAUAUCUGAUCGUUCCUUCAGGCGUCGUGAAACUAGCUACCUGUAAAGCGUCCAUGUAAUAUUCUGUUUGUAUAUGAAUCAACCAUUUAAACCAAAACCAUUAUAGUAGAACCCGAUAAAUGUAAUUCAUUGUCCAGUUUAGCUCUACAAAGUACAGUAAAAAUAAAUAUAAAAACCGGUAUCUUGUUCAAAAUAUAAAAGACAAGAUAAAUGGUUAAAAAAACUAUCAAAUAUCAAAAACAUGUAAAAAUAUCGUAUUUUUCCGGGACGGUGGUAGAAAUCCUUGUAAAAACACUGGUUUUUAAUUUUAGACACGAGUGUUUUAAUCUCGUAAAAUUCAUGAAAACAUCCGGGACCCGAGUGGUUUAUUUUCGAUGACAUGUGAGUUUUCGGUAAUUUCGGUAAUUUCCCUCUAUUAUUUUAUCGAUGUCUUUGUCUAUAUAAUAAAAAAGAACAUUACACGGCGGCUUGAAGAUAUGAAUUUUAUUUUCUCGUAGCAAAAACAAUAUUUUACGAACGAGCGCAGCGAGUGAGUAAAAUAUUGUUUUGCCACUCGAAAAUAAAAUUCAUAUCUUCGCGCCACCGUGUAAUAUCCUCUCUCUAUAUAUGUUUAUUUCAAAAGGCGAAAUCUUACAGUGAUCUAAGGUUAAAGGUAUUAGCUACAGCAAAAAACAUCAAACCUAAAUAUAACGGCGCAUUUCUUGUGAUCUAAAUCAGUAAAAGAAAACAACCCCCAAAUGCUGUCUCAGUUCUCUUUCAGCUUAUGCAAGGAUGGACAGUUUAUUUGCACCAAUAAAUGCAGGUAAAACAGGUAAAAAAACUUUUUUUCGUCAAUACAUUUUUUUUGUUAUGAAGUUUGCCAGGCAGCUUAAACUAAAGUGCUUUGUACUGGUUAUGAAAAGCGGCAAACAUCAAUACAACAAAGUUUAUGUUCAAAGCACCCGCACAAUCCUUUUUUUUCGAUGCGGAAAAAUUAAUGCAACGUUUUUUUGGUCAAUACAAUCAAAAUGCCAGGAACAGCUUUCAGGUCCACAAAACUGGUCGACGGGGGUUAACUAUGGUGCUCAGUGCUUGCAUUUGCGGAUUUAAAUUUACUCUGACCAGUAACUACAACUGUUCGUCGCGGCUGUCUGUAAAAUCUCUGCUAUAAUGCUACUUUUUCUAAUAAAGUGGAGUUGUUGAGCUGUUAGGACAUUAUUAUUAUAUCACUCAACUGAUUAUGCAGGAAUACUACAGAUUCGAUAAUUCUGUCCUUUUAGAGAUUCGCCACAUUAAUGACUAUCAUAUCCACAGUGAGCGGUUUUUAAGCGAGUUUUCAAAGGAGGGUGCUCCUUGGCUCUACCAGAACGUAACGUCUUAAGGUUGACUCAAAAAGGGUCUUUUUUUUUUAAUGAUCUAAAUUCUGCGACUCGUAAAACAGCUUUAUCUAUCUUCUUAGUUUGCCCGCCGGGUAGGAGCUGGGUAGCCUGUGGAGCACAAUGCGUAAAGACUUGCAACAAUUAUCAUCUUCCCUGCCUCGACAACACCUGCCAGGAAGGCUGUAUCUGCCCCAAGGGAAUGGUACUUCAUAAUAAACAAUGUAUCAACUCCUCCCAGUGCCUCUGUCAUCACGGAGGUCAAAGAUACAGGCCAGGGGAAAAGAUCAAAGUGGAUUGUAAUAUUUGGUAUGUUUCAGUAGUAAGAUUUCAGGGUGUGUCCAGAAAACAUAAAUUUAAUUUGCAAUAUUUCACCUUCCAAAAUAAGUGGUUUUAGUUCACGGAAGUAGUAUAAGGCUCAUGGAUUGCUCCCCUUUUCUCACAGGAAUCUAAUUGACUUGCACAGGAGCAUAUAAACGCCAUUUGUCUUUAUCUCAUGAAGAAAAUGCAGGGCAAUCUUAUUAAGACGAAAGUCAAGUGCUAUUUGUAAAUGUUUUUUCCGGGUUGACAAGUUUUAGAUCGAUGAUUUCAAAGCUUGUUUUCAAUUAUGUUUGUUUGUCCUAAUUUGGUCAUAACGUCACCCGUGACUAUUCCCUACCGCUUUCAUUGUCCAUUGCAGACAAAAAAUUGUUCCAGUACCAGUUCACUAAUUCUUGUCGUCCAAAUUGUGCAUAUGAAAGAGGGCGAAAGGAAAACUAGCUCCUUCUAUUACUAAACACAAUGUUCACUUGCCUGCACAUUUUCGUUGUUUUCCUUCUAAAACCACCUCAAUCACCACAUUUGUACUGUUUUCCGUCCAAAACCACAACCUUCACAUUUCCUUUGUUAUCCCUCCACUAGCACUACCACAGUCAGAUUCCUGUUGCUUUUCCAUCACCACCUCCACCACCUCAUUUCGAUUGUCGUCCGUCCACCACCAACUCAUUUUGUUUUCCCUCCUUCACUCUGAGGUGGUAGUGUAGGGGACACAAUAGAAAUGUAGUAGUGGUGGUUGUAUAGGAGGGAAAACAAUAGAAAUGUGGUGGAAGUAAAAAUUGUGUUUAGCACUAGAAGGAGCUACUUUUGCCUUCGUCCUCAAUUAUAGCUCAAUUUUGGCGCAAAGAAUGAGUGAACCUGAACUGGAACAAGUCUUUCCUUACAAUAAACGAUAAAGGUGGCAGGGAAUAGAACUUGCAUAAUUACGUUGCGGGUCAGUGAAUUCAAGUCAGAGGUGACAUCAUUACCAAAUAAGGACAUGACAAAUAAAACUUAAAAUAUACUGUGAUGUCAUCGAUUAACAAGCUGUCAAACCCGUAAAACCAACUAAAAAUAGCACCUGACCUUAUCCUAAUGGUAUUCCCGCAAAAGACAAAAGGCGAUGACGUCAUCUGUGUUGAUAUAUUCCUGCGCAAGUUAAAUAGAUUCCUGAGCAAAUCGAGAGUACUCGUUGCACCCUAUACUACUUGCGGCUUAUUGUCAAAAGUAGAAAUUUCAAAAAGUGUUCGUUAAUCUCUGACGGAAAGAAAUAGUGCACUGGCUAGUUGAAACCAGGAAAAUAAAGAUCAGUUCCAAUCAUGCAUGGAAAAUGACGAUCUGUUUCAACAUGAGUAAUGGGAUUCAUGUGUGGCAUCAACCAGUCAUUAAACGGUUAAAAAAGCUGUUAAUAGAAGUGUUUUUGAAUAUGUGAAUUACUCUUUGAAGCGCGAAAUAAAUAGUGGGAAUCAACUAGAGAGUCGAUUAGGCCAAUACAUAAAAACAAUUUGGUUAAUAUCUAUAAAAAAGUAACCUAAUCUCUGAUUCUGGAAUUGCUUUGAUUUUAUUUGAUAUUUCAGUUACUGCAGAGGCUCUCAAUGGUCUUGUACAAACUACGUAUGUUCCGGAACGUGCUCUGUUUACGGUGAACAGAAUUAUAUCACCUUUGACGGAAAAAGGUACACUUUUAGCGGAGCUUGCGAGUACAUUCUUGCGCAAGAUUCUUGUAACGAUUCGUCAGCAGACACAUUUCAGAUACAGGUCCAGAAUGUUCCGUGUGGAAGUAGUGGAUUGACAUGCACAAAGAAAGUGUCUGUUAUAAUUAAUAACACGGUGAUCACAUUAGAAAGAGAGAAAACACCUGUGAUAUCAUCACUACCUGGUGCGUCGACAGUCCACAUGAAUGGGAAGUUUCAAAUAAGGGAACUGCAUUUAUUUACUGUAUUAGACACUGAGUUUGGGUUGACCGUUACAUGGGAUAGAGGAACUAGACUGUACAUCACUUUGGAUCCAAAAUUCAAAGGUCAGUUGGUAAGGUUUCAAUACAUGAUAUAUGCAUUAUUGACAUCGCCUUUGUACAGAAACGUUUUUGCUUUCAAAUGGAGCAUAAGAAGGAUGUGAAUAAUACUCAUUUUAAAUUUCCACCAGGAAGAACAUGCGGCUUAUGCGGAAACUUCAAUGGUGACAGAAAUGACGAUUUCAUGAGUCCACAGAUGUUACCUGAGACUUUACCGAAUAACUUUGGUGACAGCUGGAAAAUUGAUUCAACUUGCCCGGAUGCAGUUAGUCCCAGGAAUCCUUGUGCAACGAACAAGCAUCGAGAACCCUGGGCCCACAAGAUGUGCAGUGUUAUAAGGGGAGACGUGUUCAAGCCUUGUCACCACGUGGUUAGUAACCUGGCCAAACCAUUUCUAGACAUAAGAACAAAGGAACGAUGUGAACGACCGAAACAUCUUUAUUAGUCUUAUUAAUGCGCUUUAGUCAUUAUUUUUACUUUUUCGCUUCGUAAAGGCACUGGCAGCCCGAAAUAAGUGGAUGAUUUGCUAAUGCUUAAGGGUUAGCAUUUCCAUUUGGCUCUGUAGGGCUGUAUAUUGGGUGAGCUUUGCUUUAAAACGACAAAUAAUUGAUAAAAUUAACGGCAGAUUAGCGCUGAAAAAUAAUCUGCGUUAUUAUUCUGAUCCAGUAAGUCUUUCAGGUCCCAGUUGUUCAAAAGGUGGAUAGCAGUAUUCAUUGGAUAAAUCACUAUCCAGUGGAUAACGCAAUUAGUUCUCGUAAUACUUAUCCUCUGGAUAGCGAUUAAUCCGGUGGAUAGCGUUAUCCAACUUUUGAACAACCGGGCCCAGGACAUUUACUUACCGAACAGUGUUCCCCUUCAGGUGUGCUACCUUUUCCUGGACCCCCUGUUAUUUGGUCCCACUAAACUAAUCAAUGUUCUUGUACAAACCUCAGGUAGAUCCAGGUUCCUGGUAUGAUGCGUGUUAUCGGGAUGCCUGCGCCUGUGAUAAUGGAGGUGACUGUGAGUGUUUGUGCACAGCCAUUGCUGCCUAUGGUCACGAGUGUUGCAAACAUGGAGUCGCAAUCAAGUGGAGAACACAGGAACUUUGUCGUAAGUAGAAUAAUCACAAGCAACUCUUCAAUAACAAACAAUGGCCAUUAAAGUAAGCAGAAUUAAGAUAAACUUGCGCAAUUUAGGUGUAGAUGUAGAUUGCUUGAUGAAAUGAAUUUUAAAUUAGUGUUUAGGUCCUGCUGGAUUCUCUGGCGAACUGAUUAUUUUGUCGUUUCAUUCAAGUAACCAUGAAUUAGAUUUGAUUUUCCUUGUGUUAAGACGAGGUUUAUAACAAAACGCUCUAAAUUAUGCGGGUUUUAAUUGCAUGUGGUUGUAUUUGUUCAAUAUAGCAAUUCAGUGUCCACACAAGGAAGACAGUUGUACUGAGUAUACCGCCUGUGAAACAGCCUGUCCUAAAACCUGCGAAAGCCUGUGCGAGGUCAGCCCACGGCAUUGUCCUGUACAACUGGAGGGUUGCGCUUGUCCAAAUGGAACUGUGCUCAGAAAUGGGAGGUGCAUCGCGCCAAGAGACUGCCCUUGUAACGCUGGAGGCGUGAUAUACGAGCCCGGAUCAAUUUCCGUCAUAAAUUGUCAAAGAUGGUAAGAAGAUCACAAAAUUCUGUUGAAUUUUUUUUUAAAAAAAGUGUCUUGCUAACUAAGCACCCCGGUCUUUCUCUGUUCUCUCGUCUCAUGACCCUUUUUCUGAGCUUUUUAUUGCCCUUUUUAUCGUUUCUCAUCUUGGAGAAGCUACGUACAGUUCUAUAAUCAUAUCGUCUAACAACAUUACAUUUCGUCUUUUAGUUCGUGUGAAUCUGGUUGUCUAUCCUGUACUGGUCCGACAUGUCCAACACCUGCAGGUACCUUCGCCGCCUAACACUGAUGUCUUAGUCCCUCUCGUCAUCUUUUGUACGCUGUAUAUACAGCUCCCAAAUCAUUUAUUACUUGAAACUUAUCAAAGUGAUGAAUUAGUGGAUUAGUCUUUUUAAGCAAUUGAAGUUUAUUUUCUCUGGCUUGUUAACCUGUCAAAUCAGUAGUAUUUGUGUCCAAAAGUUGCCCCAACCGGAAUUACGUCUGCCAUAGCAGGCUACAUGUGACAUAGUUAGUAGAAGGGACUGGGUAUGAAAGCGGGAAAGGUUCUUGAACUAUGCCUUUGUUUUAGGUUUUGCUUAGUCAAGUGUAGCUGACAAUGCACAAGAAACUUCCAUGGCCUUCGGAGUAAAGUACGGCAAAAAUCUGCGUGAUAGUUUGCUUGUUUUGGGUUGAUACGAGUCGAAAGAUCGUCUUAACUUGUUACUUAAGAGACGGUAAAUAGCCAUGGCGGUGGAUAACUGCACUGUCUUUGGCUGUGGAUCGUGCAGGCCUAGGAAAAAAACAACUCCUCGCGGAGAAAGAUGACGCACAUUAGAAAUGGGAGCAACCCAGCUAGGUGAGCGAAGUAACUAAAACGCGGGAGAUUGAUCAAUAUUUCAGUGAAAGAAUCAAGAAAAAUAAAAUGGGUAAUGCUAAAUAUUUCUGCUAAGUUAAAUUCAGGUACUUCUGUGUUCAGCUGCAUGUGUUUAUGUGUAGCAAAACAUGCGAGAUAACGCGUUUGUUUUGGCCUUAGAAAUUUGCUGGCUUUCAUAUGAGUCCCCUUUACUAACUAUGCUAACUAUGAUUGUGAUCAUUGCAAUGUGAGGUGUGCUGUGCUUGGCUUAACGAACCAACGGGAAGGAAAAAGGCUACUGAAUAUUCUGUUUGCGUUUAUUUCUUACAGCUAAGACUUCAUCACCUCCAGAAACAAACGCAAUGGCCAAACCAUCCGGAGGAUUCAUUCCAACACCAACAGUGUCAGGAGGACGAUCAGAAUCAACUUUAAAAUCGACAAAAUGGACUAUAUUGCGAACAAAAUCACCAACAAAAGCAAUCUCAAAAACACCUGGUAACACAACCACGUCGUACAUAAUAAACGAGGUAACAACGAUACAUCCACUAGGUAAGGCAUCCCCAUCACCUACAAAAAAAGUAACAAGCAAUGCAAAAUCGUCCUCCUCACUGGAAACUACAACAAUGUCAUCAACAAGCACAGAAAAAUCAUCCCCUCUACUGGAAAGAACAGCAACUACAUCCUCAAGCACUGCUGAAACAUCUUUAUUACCGGAAACAACAACAACGCCAUCCUCAAGCACAGCUAAAACAUCCUCGAAACCGGAAAAAACAACAGCGUCAUCACUAAACACAACUAAAACAUCGUCACCACCGGAAACAACAACAGUGUCAUCACCAAGCUCAGCUAAAACAUUCUCACCACCGGAAACAACAACAGCCUCAUCACCAAACACAACUGAAACGUCCUCACCACCAGAAAAAACAACAGCGUCAUCACCAAGCUCAGCUAAAACAUUCUCACCACCGGAAACAACAACAGUGUCAUCACCAAGCUCAGCUAAAACAUUCUCACCACCGGAAACAACAACAAUGUCAUCACCAAGCACAACUGAAACGUCCUCACCACCAGAAACUAAAACAGCGUCAUCACCAAGCACAGCUAAAACCUCCUCACUAACGGAAACAACAACAGCGUCGUCAACAAGCACAGCUGAAACAUUCUCACCUCCUGAAACAACAACAGGAUCAUCAUCAAGCAUAGAUAAAACAUCCUCACUACCGGAAACAAAAACAGCGUCAUCACCAAGCACAGCUAGAACAUCCUCACCACCGGAAACAACAACAGCGUCGUCACUAGGCACAGCUAAAACAUCCUCACCACCGGAAACAACAACAGCGUCAUCACCAAGCACUGCUGGAGUAUUCUCACCGCCAGAAACAACAACAGCGUCAUCACUAGGCACAGCUAAAACAUCCUCACCACCUGAAACAACAGCGAUGUCAUCACCAAGCAGAAAUGAAACUUCCUCACCACCAGAAACAACAACAGCGUCAUCACCAAACACAGCUAAAACAUUCUCACCAAGCAAUGCUGGAGCAUUCUCACUAGGGAAAAAAACAACAACGGCAUCACCAAACAAAUCUAAAACGUUCUCAACACCGGCAACAACGACAAUGUCAUCACCAAGCACAGCUGAAAAAUCCUCACAACCAGAAAGAACAAUGUCAUCACUAAGCAUAGCUGAAACAUCCUCACCACUUGAAACAACAACAAUGUCAUCAGCAAGCGCAGCUGAAACAUCCUCACCACCUGAAACAACAACAGUAUCAUCACCAAGCACAGCUCAAACAUUCUCGUCAUCACAAGCAACAAUGACACUACCAAGCACAGCUAAAAACUCUUCACCACCGGAAACAACAAUGUCAUCUUCAAGAGCAGCUGAAACAUCCUCACCACCUGAAACAACAACAGUAUCAUCACCAAGCAUGGCUCAAACAUUCUCGUCAUCACAAACAACAAUGUCACUACCAAGCACAGCUAAAAACUCUUCACCACCGGAAACAACAAUGUCAUCUUCAAGAGCAGCUGAAACAUCAUCACCAGCCGAAACAACAAUGUCAUCAACAGGUACAACUGAAAUAUUUUCGCCACUGGAAACGACAACAAUUUCAUUACCAAGCACAGCUGAAACAGCCUCGAUACCACAAGCAACGACAGUAUCAUUUCCAAGUACAGCUAAUGCAAAGGCCUCAACCAAAUCACAAGAAACAUUGUCAACAGCAGAAAAAAUAUUUUUAGGACCAACAAUGACUUCCAGAUCACCAUGGAAAAUUUUAACUAAUAUUACACUUACGACGAAACCCAGGACAAUAAUUUCCCCAACAACUCCAUCGUGCCCGCAAGGCAAGGUGUAUACUAAAUGCAAAUCAAACUGUGAAGAUACCUGCCAGCACAUGAACAAAACCUGUGACCCUCUCCCCACAAACGCUUGUUUUCCCGGAUGUCAGUGCCCUGACGGUACGGUGUUUAAUGGUACCCGUUGUGUAAGACCGGCAGAAUGCAUUUGUUACUCUAAUGGAAAGUAUUAUGACCCAGGAUCCACAUGGAACAACUCUUGUGAAAGAUGUUGGUGUUGGAAUAACAGUGUAAUUUGCCGAGCUAUUAGAUGUCCCCCAAUUAUAAACUGUUCGUCAGACAAAUUCACUGUUUUGAAAUCCCCUGGUAAAUGCUGUAAAACGUGCGUUAAAAAGAAUUUCACUACUUGUCAGCCAUCUACAUUUAGAUGUACGGAUGGAACGUGCAUAACGAAUCAUUGGUUAUGUGAUGGACAAGAAGACUGCGACACUGGUGAAGACGAACUAAAUUGCACUGAUGUGUUACCAUGCCAUAAACCUUUGGGUGAGAAUCUGUUGCUUUCUUUCAAUGAAUAACUCAUGUCAAGUGAGAUAUUCUAGAUGUGACAGUGACUUUAAUAAUAAUAAUAAUAAUAAUAAUAAUAAUAAUUAAAUACUUAUAUAGCGCUAUUUACAUAGAAUGAUCAGUAGCGCUUUACAAUGAUUCACUUACUUAAAAAUCUUAUCCAAAUGAUAUGAAUAAAACAAUGUAAAAUACAAUUGAAUACAAAUUGAUUAAUUAAUUAUAAUUAAUAAAAAUAAAAAUAAAAAAAUAGUCUAACCUGCCCUAAAAAGGUGGGUCUUAAGUUUCCUUUUAAAAUUAGUUUAUGAUUGAAUAUCACGCAACUCAGCGAGCAAACUAUUCUACAAAUAUGGCGCAGCAGCAUAAAUGGACCUGGCACCAAGCGUAGAAAGCAUUUUCUCCUUAGGCGGCUCCAGUAAAAGACUACUAUUUGGUCUGACAUUGUAAGAGGACCUCGGCCUAAUACUAAUUAAAACACUAAUAUACGGUGGCGCAAGUCCGUGAAUAGCCUUAAAAACUAAAAUUAUUAUCUUAAAAUGAAUACUACUUUAAGUUGUAGGAGACAGUUUAAAUUAUCAUCAAGACAAUUUUUAUCUGACAAACAUUUCUUUUACAUCGUUAGGUUUAUCUAGUCACGCCGUUCCAGAUUUCUCCUUUGGAGCUUCGUCCUCCAUUGACGUGUACUAUCGGCCUGGGGAGGGACGCCUCAACAACUCGCAUAUAGUAGGAAGGGGAAGUGGCGCGUGGUGUUCUGGGCUUCAUGAUGUAGCACCAUAUUUGCAAGUCAAUCUCGGUUCUGUUCGUAAAGUAACGGCAGUAGCCACUCAGGGUCAUCCAGUCCUUCACAAAUGGGUAACGUUAUUUCGUUUGUCGUACAGCUUAAACGGAGUUACCUGGUCCAAGAUAUCUGAGGUAAGCGCUGAUAAAGAAUUAGAAAGGAACUCACUUCACAGAAUUCCACUUCAGUGAUCAUGUGCAAUCAACACAUUGUGGGAAAAAUCCCACCUAUUUUUAAUUUUGAGCAAAUUAGCUUAAUUUAAGUAUUUCGACGCUGGCUUUGUACCAGACAUCAUUCUUUGGACCAAUCUCAUCACCCCUAUUAGUUUUCAGAUAUUUUUGGAAUUUAACGUCGAAGUUGGGCAGCUUUGACACUAUGCAUGAAUUUUUUGGUUCUGGCAUCUGAUGUCGUUUCCCUUUCGAGGCUCUGCCUCCACGUGUCUCUUUUUGCCACCCAGAGCCUAAAUUUUGACAGCCACGAUUGUAGCUUUCAAGCGACUUCACAUAUGAGAGAGUACGUUACAUGAAAUAAAAAGAAAGUAAAAUGGUCGGAUUGUAGUUUACUAUUGCUGCUCAACAACUCAUUGCAAGUUUACUGGACAAAUAUAGGCAAAUGCUGAACAAAGUAGAAUCAUGAAUUAUUCAUAACCAACUUUGAGGCUAACAAGCCAGAAAUCCAGAAGUCUUUUACUGGAGCCGCCUAAGGAGAAAAUGCUUUCUACGCUUGGUGCCAGGUCCAUUUAUGCUGCUGCGCCAUAUUUGUAGAAUAGUUUGCUCGCUGAGUUGCGUGAUAUUCAAUCAUAAACUAAUUUUAAAAGGAAACUUUAGACCCACCUUUUUAGGGCAGGUUAGACUAUUUUUUUAUUUUUAUUAAAAGUUGUAUGAAAGGGGAGGCUCUGCUUAGAAUGGCCUAUCUUUUUGUCCUGCAGGUAUUUCAAGGCAACACUAACCAAUCCACAGUUGUAACUAACAAGUUACGCCAACCAAUUCUUGCUCAGUAUAUCCGUGUGCAUGCACAACAGUGGUACCUAGGAGUAUGCCUACGGAUAGAGGUUUACGGUUGCGCAGCAGUAUCUCCUAUCCCAUUCACACCGACUGUAUUGAUAACUCCAAUUUGUUCGGAAUUUAGGUUAGUAAGCAUUAUAGAGUUAUUCAUAAAAGUCUCUAUCUUCAGUAGGAGCCAUUUGUGAAAUCGAUGGCUCUUUGCUAGAACACUCCGUAUUAGCCAUUUAUUUUUAGUAGCUACUAUCGAUGCUGGAAAGUGAUCCACCCCAAGAAGAUGUUAAUAACCCUUUUAUUUGGUUCAUUAUUUGCACUAUUAAAAUCGACAAAUAAGUUGAAGCGAUUACUGGUAGUUAAGAUCAUUGUACUGAAAAAUUUCACAACCAACCUUUAUAAUUAGUGGAUGUAUAAAAUAAAGCCCGAGCCUUAAGAAGACUGACUCCAUUUGUAGUAUUAGAGCCACAAAGCUCACACGUUCUCUUUUGAGAAAUAUAACGACUGUGAUCCGCGUCUCAGUUACGGAUCACCACCGAGCAUAUAGACAGUGUUCAUUGAAUUUGAAUUUGAUAAAAAGAAACGAAUAUGAUACUGCGUAAAUCGCUUAGUUACUAUUGAUAUUAACUAUAAUUGCAUGGUCAAAUGACAGAUGUAAGAACGGCCAGUGCAUUAAACAGAGUCUGUUGUGCGAUGGCGAUGAUGAUUGCGGGGAUGACUCAGAUGAGUUACAUUGUGUAACAACUUGCAACGAAUUCCGGUGCAACAACAGUACGUGUAUAUCUUUCAGGUCAGUAUCAUCGCCGGAUAUGCUUACAAACAGCCUUAAACUCAGUAUCUAAGUAGCACAAUAUGGUGCCUUUUUGUUGGAAGCCCAACCGUGAAAAUGUUUUCAGUUGUAUAGCUUUUUAUUAGUGUUUUACCACUCCUACUUUCGUUCCUGUCUUUUGGUAAUUUUGAGCCACGUAUGACAUCUUCACCCAUGUAAGUGGUGGUUGGAAAUGCCCUAAAACAUUUAUAGUGAGGUGAUUUCAAGGGUAACAGCCGGAAUGUAGCUCAUUCUUUCUUUUCGAGAUUGUCUCAGUCAUCCUAAGCCUCAAUUCUGGAAAAUGUUUGUAAUAUCGCGCUUAAUUCAUCGCUGUUCUCUGUUCAUAUUUCCCAUCCACGUUUCAAUAAUAAAAAUAUGUGACAUGGAAGGUAGAUACAUUAUGAGCAUUUAUACAAGGUUGUCUAAUAAAUAUAUCUAUAGAUCUCUUUGCGAUGGCUAUCAAGAUUGUUCUCAAGGUGAAGACGAAGAAAGUUGUCCAACCUCAGCAAUUACAACAAUACCACAGGCAAAUACCACCGCGUCAUCCGGGGUUACUGGCGGUAGUAUGUCAGCAACUAAGGCACCCAAAAACAUUACCCUAUCCACGCAUGGAUCAAAAGCACCAACGCACACAACAAGUUCAACGACUUCACUAUCACCAACGAAAAAUAAUUCAAAGACACCGGGAACCCAGACAUCCUUGGCUCAUACGUCACAUCUUGGUCCGUUGACUACGAAAAUAUCUCCACCAGGGGCUGGCGAUGUAAUGACCUCUCCUACAACACCCAUGCGAACAACAAUGCUUCCUAUUGCCUCAGGUAAGGAACAUUUAUUUUUUACUUGAAGACGAUAACAUUUCUGUCUAAACGCAACGCCCUUAAUACUAGCUGUGUGUGGGUUUUCUCCCGUACAAGUGUUGUGGAGUAUUUUUUACGUUAUUUUGAAGAUUUUUGUCAUGCGGUAUUUAGUUGUUUUAUGUUUGUUCUUGAAUUUGCUCUCUUACCUGUUUGUAAAUCAAGGUUAAUCCGUAUUUUUGUCGACGGGUAAACAACUUAAGUGUCAUUUAUCUGUGCCGUAAUUAAAUUCAAAAGUCAGUCCCUGAAGUGGGCAUCUUUGGAAUCACAAUUGACCUUGGGUUUUGCUUGCAUCGGAGUUCCUGUUUUGGUUUAAGGAAGUGCCAUGAGGGCUUAGUUGUCAAGCUUUUUAAAGCUUAAAAUUGGUUUUUCUUCUACUUAACAUGAUUAACCUUAUAAGUUUGUUUUCAACCACUUUAAUGCACAAUAAAACGUGCAUUAAAGUCACGAAAGGAAGUGCGUUUUUUUAAAACUCUUGUGGUCAGCGAACCUGAAAGUACCUACAUUUUAGCUAUUUUUAAAAUUCUUAGAGGUUAAAUUGGAGCUGCUGUAGACGAACGUAGGUGUGGCUGCCAUGAAUAAAGUACUCAAACAGGUGAUCCUCGUUUUACCGUACAUAAGCGCUUAGCGAGCGAUUUGCCCUUACAUACAAUCCCAACAUAUUUUGGCAGAGAACCCGGCCAACGAUUUCGGUAGGUCUCCCAACCAUAAGAUUUUCGGACCUGCCGGAAUGAAACGAUUCAUACUUAGUUUAAAAACUUAGACUAAAUCCAAAGGACUCCGACGGUAAAAAAAAAAAACACUGAAUACAAAAUGUUGUGUAGCUUACGGUGGUUACCACUAACACGCGCCCUCAAAGGGUUUUUCCUUUGGUUCUAACCUACGGUUUGGUGGGUGUCAAUCAACCGUUACCAUGGUUUUUACGCGUUGGCCAAGAGAAGAUUCUUUCCCAACUUCGUUCCCAGGGUUCUCUCCUACCCGUCCCUGCCGAGCGACGGUUAGGAGAGAGAACCUGGAAAUGAGGUUGUAUUCUUUCCCCGUUUCUCGAGCACUCGGAGGAAAAUAUCGUCGUUUAAGUCGUUUUGCAAUAUUUUUCUACAGGAUCUGACACCGCUUCAUGUCAAUAUUACGAGGAGUACGAAUUUGUUGAGUGUUUGUCGGAGGAAACACUGUAAAUUACAACCAUAUAAGCUUUCUCAAUACACGCUCGCAACUCGUCUGAGUUCUUGCUAGUUCAGGAUUCUAUUCGAUAACAUGAAGAAUGAUAAGUAGAUCUGCAGGUUACAAAAUUCAUUUUCGAACACAACCUCCGUUCGGAGGAAACCUUUGUCCCUCGUCGGUGUUAUACCUUUCGUUUCUUUGAAUUUAUGCUCCUUGGCAAUUCGUCCACGGCUCCAUACAAUCAAAUAAUUAGACAACCUGAAAACCUUUACGUUAACUGAAGAGGGUUUAUCGGCCAUUUCACUCAGCUCGCAGAGAUCUUGUUGUUUUAACAAUGUAAUCCUUCAUCUUAAUGAAAUAAAUAAAAUUAAAAAGCAGGUCGUCAUUCGAAAUUAUUCUGGUAAGUCUUCCCCCUUCAUUCAGCGACGAGGGAACCUUCUCGGUCAGAGCACGUGAGAAAACCAUGUUUGACGUCCACGAAAACGCAGGUUUCACCAGAGAGAAAAACCAUUCGAGGGCAAGUGUUAGUGGUAACCGCUGUAAAUUUACGCUUGCAAAGGUAAGUCACACGAAGAAGAAUUUGGAACUUUUUCAAGUUCUUUGCGCAAGAACACGGACACGAGUCAUGUUCUUCCACUCAGAUUCAUUUUUGAAGAGAGAUUUUCUUUCGCCUUGUUGCUCCUGGAAAGCUCUGGUCUCUUCGCACAUCCCGAAAUGGGUGGAUUGUUUUAAGCUAGAAGAAGACCAAACAAUGUGGUAUCGGCGUUGAAAUCUGGCUGUGCUCAUACAUAGAGAAGGAACGAGCUUCCUACAGUUUGUCUCGAGCUUAAAGGGACAUUGCCAUUAUAGCGAGUCGUCAGGGGAUGUUUAUGCGAAACAAUCUGCACAAAUAGAUUUUCAUAACUUAAUAAUACUGUUCCUACUGGUAAUAUAGAGCAGGCCGAAUAUCUAUUACUGUUUGGAGCGAUUUUCCAGGGCAAUGGCAGAUUUACAGAACACAUUAAACGAAACUUUUCGAAGCGAAUAAAUGCCUCUACGUGUUAAGGAGCUUAAGGAAGGAAGGAUAUAACCAAGUGGAAAUUGAUCAUUUGUUUCAGUCUUUAGUUUUACCUAAAAUGUCGCAUGGUUUACCGGUGUAUGCAACCUCCGUGCCUGAACUUAAUACUUCGCAGCAGUUCCUUCGCAGAUGUCAUGAACGCUGUUUUAUAUCUUAUGCUAUAGAUAUGUACAAUUUGCUUGAAAAAACAGACAGGUCAAUCUCCAAGUAGAUUACCGGUAGUUGCCUACCUAAUCAUCCGCUGUAUAAUUUGCGGCCCAGAGUUAAAUAAUCUCCAAAACGUCUGAGAACUCAGACGAGCCUACUACCCUGUGUUAAUACGGAACGUUUUAAAGCUAGUUUUAUUAACAGAAUGUAUUUUAAAUAUACUUUUACUUUUUAACUAAUAAUAUUAAACAUGAAAAUACAGGUAUGUAUUUAUACUUGUAUAUUCAAUAAAGACUAAAAGAAAAAAAAAACGCUGAAGUGGCUGGAUAAGAUACUUGUAUAGCUUCCUCAUGUCAGAAGAAUCGCAUUGCAAAACAAGGUACACGAUACAUUGCGCUUUAUAGAGGUCUUUAUAGUCACAGAUUGAUUCAUAUCGUGUGUUGUUUUUUAUUCCUUAGAAUGUGCAGAUGAAUGUACCUGCUUCAUGAAUUGUAAUGGGAUGAUUGUUUGCCCGUUCAGUGGAUCGUGUUCAUAUUGUUCGUGCAGAAAAGGCACAAUCAUGCAUCAAACAAAAUGCGUAGUUCCCAUGCCUCCACCAUGUAUCAAACGAUGCGAAUACAAAGGACUGAGACUCCGGGUAAUAUGGCUUGAAUAAUAUCAUCAACUAUUUCUUUCAUUAAAUGAAAUGAAACAUGAUUAAUAUGUAUCAGGAUAAAGAUUAGACAUAGAUAAGUGUGGCUGAAACCACCUUGCGUUUACAAUCAAAGAAUUUAAUGAAAAGUAUGUUAUAUAUAUUUCUCAAAAUCAUUAAUCAUUCAUGAGGGCAAAAGCCGACAAAAGAGGCAUAUUUGGGUCACAUGUAUGAACCUUGAUACCCAAUAAACAUUCAGUUGAAAAUCUUAUGGGUUUUGAUCUGAGAUCAAACAUGGUUUUGAUCUCAGAUCAACCACUUGCGUUGUAAUCAGCAUUUUUCAAUAAUUAUACAUUGUUAACAACAAUUCCAAAAAUGAACUGAAUAUUAUUUGAUAUAAUUGACUUUGAUAGCAUUGGAUACCACAAACUAUUCCAUAAACGGUCCUCGGUGGAUAUACCUCCCCGACUUCUUGGCCACCUCCAUCACAAACUUGCUAAGCCAGUAAUUCAAGGUUGUUGCAUCCAUUUCUUCAAUGCUGGUAGAAAGUUGUGCGUCCUAGAGUAAAUCAUAGCCUUUAAAAAGCCCUCCUAGAUCUAAAACGGGAGGUAUAACCCACCGCGAAAUUUGCCAUUCGCCAAAAAUUAUUACUGCUUAUUUGUUCUUAUAUUUGGUUGACGAGGAAAUAGCUUUUUCAACUAUCUCGCGUUCUCUGUAAACCGUUUUCGACUCCCUAAAUCUUGCCUCGCCGUCUUCACUUAUGGUCAGACACCAACUAUACCAACACAAUUAAUCAUGCAUGCUGAAGUAAUGUUACGUGAUAUGGGAAGAUUGCAUCGCUGCAUAAAUUAUUGUUCUUUCAUUUGGGGAGGACAAUAGCAAAAAAGUAUCACUGCAUAUUUUUUUAUCGUUUCGUUUGAGAAGUCAUCUAAAAAUCUCAUGCUUCGGGUUUCUAUCUGUUAGCCUUUUUGGACCUCGAAACAAUAAAAGCACGAGGCCGCAGGCCGAGUGCUUUGUUUCUCGGUGUUUGGAACCCCUGAUGAGACCCUCGAACUUGUUUUAGAUAUAUUACGUAUUUAUCUACUCUACAUCACACUAAUUUUCCUUGUCAUUUAAAAGAACUAUUAACCGUACGACCGUUUAUCUAUAAUCUUAGAGACACUGGAGCUUCCGACAUAAACUACAGCACCGUUGUCUUCAACUUUGAUGUUUGACGGCUUUCAAAACCAGUCUCCUCUACUAACUAUAUAUGAAUAAACUCCGUGUAUGAAAGUGUAUGUAACGAUUCCUUGACAUAUUUUUGCUUCUUUCCGUUGUCUAGGUUGACACGCGCAUCCAGCGCGAUUGUCAAGUGUGCACAUGUCGGCGAACACCCCACACUCUUGACCAAUCGGACCUCUUCUGCCAGCGCACGUGUACGCAGACAUGUUCACAGGUAAAUCUUUUGUGGAAGUAUGCUUUUUCAAUGCAGUGCAUUAACGCGAAAAUAUAAACCACUGGUUAUUUACCUUUGUAAACAUUGUUACAAGUGAAAUUAUUGUUUUCAGAAGCCAUUGUGGUUUAGGGAUUGGCGGAAUUGAUUUUUCAGUAAAGCAGAGUGGCGGCGGGACUAGCUAAAAUUAGCGGUAUUCGUAUUGAAUGUCUUGAGAAGUUUUACUUUACUUUACGUUAUUUUUCCACUUGUAUCAUUAGGGGUGUCUUGAGAAAUACCGAUAGUGUUUCGUUUUCUUUUAAAGCAGGAUCUUCUAAACUUUACCUAUAUUAGACUUUUAACUUCUCUUUUUGCAAAUUUUAUUUGAUUGUGCGCAGGGAUUCAAACUUGUUAUUCCAGAUAGACAAGAUGAAUGCUGCAGGUGUGAACUAAAUAAAAGUAAGUGUGUAAGAAUGACCUUCAAAUUAUCUACAGACGGAAAUAACUCGAAAAAUAUUUUAAAGCCGUCUUGGAAAAUUAACUGCAAGAUCCUAUAUCAAUAGAUUUCUGAUGUUUUAACUAUUCUGUCAGACAGCGUAUAUGCCCGUGAGAGAACACACCAGAAUAGCAGUAAAAUUUGAUUCGAAGGCUUUUUUUAAUUCGUGUGCCUUAAACAAGAAUACAUCAAGCUCAUUCCAUGUUUGAGCAGUUAGCCUACAAUAUAGUCCGGACCUCAAUAAGUUACUCUACCUAUAUUAAAAGAGCUUAUAAAUAUUUCACUCUUCUUUACAGCGAUGGGAAUGCCUCCGACAAGAUCAUAUGAAGAAACGACAUCGGGAAACAAAGCACAGAUAAAACUUUCAACAAGGCAACCAAAAAAAACAUCGACGAUGACCACCUUUUCAAAAAGUUAUUCCACAAAUGGUUCCACGACACACAAUGUGUCCAUAACAACAUCAAAUGCAACAAGAGCAACGUCUCCUUACAAGGAGCAACCAUCAACUUCGUCAACACCAAGAUCAUCUGCUCAAAAGCCCACUACAACCACAGGUUCAUCAACAUCACUUGCUGUAAAUAAACCCACAGGCAUGUCCAAUAUAACAAUCGCGACCCCUAAAAAAGAAUCGACGACAAAAUCAUCAAAACUGUCUUACAGCAACAAGAAUACUGCAACCAAAAAUACUGUUACAGCUCCAUCAACGCAAACAACGACACAAGAAAAAGCGACAAGAGCAUCAACUACGCCAUCAGCGUUUGUUGCCGCAAAUGAGUCCACGACCUUAGCAAGUGCCACUCCUGAAUCGUUCACGUCAAAUCAGCCAGCAAGACUCCCAAAUACCACUAAAGGUAUGAAAACUAUGUUUCUUUAAAAAUUGGACUGGAAAAUAAUGACAGUGUAGAGGGAUACAAAUACUCCAAAUAUUGUUUAUUCAAAAUCCUUUCCCCCUUUGCCCUCUAAGUUUACUAUUAAUAGUAAAAUACCAAAAUACUGAAAUGUUUUAUUUAUCAAGGGCGGCCUUAAAAUGUUGUUUCAACGUCUUCUGUACAGGGUUAUGGGGAACAUCCUUUUCUACUAAUCACGUAAUUUGCAAAGGCUCGUGUGAAAGACGUAUUCGAGCCAACAAAACUAUAACUACUAAUUUCUCAAAAGUACACUGGCACUAAAUAAAGAAAAUUUAAGUUAGAUUUCUGCCCUUCUAACAGUCCGAAAGUAGAUCAAUAAUCUGGGACACAACUUAGCAACACUUGAAGUAUUACAUUGAUGAAUUUAAUGAACUCCUUGACUAUACAUGAAGGGUUUUUCUCAUUCAGUAAUUCCUCUCACUAUCUAUUGUAUAAGAUGACAAAUUUAGUUAGUAAUUUCAUUUCCAGCUCCUUUUGGUUGCGUGUGGAGUAAUUGCACCUGUAGUAAGACAUGCGCAGAUCUGUCAGAGGACACAAUUAUUCCCUGUACAAGUGAAAACUGCAGCCCAGGCUGGAAGUGUCCCCCCAGUCUUGUGUUACUCAACAGUAGAUGGGUGUCACCAGUGUUGGAGUGCCCUUGUUAUCACAAUAACACUUUCUAUAAGGUAACAUUCAACAAUAUUUGAUUGUCCAUGACAGCCCCAUUCACUUUUUAGUCUAAAUCUGAGAACAUAAAUUUGGGAAAACCAUUAUUUUGUCGUUCUUUUUUAAAGUUUAAAGAUAGUUGAUAGACAAAAAAGGGAUUUUUUUUCAUUUGGGAAGUCCAUUGUUUGUUAUCUCCUUUUGCAAAAUACGUGUCGUUAAUCAACUUUCCCUUGUUUUCCCAAUAAGGACAACAACAACUGUGUGUGGCUGAAAAUGAUGAAGUGGGUGACAAAGUGCUCAGAAAUCAAUUAUAAAAUUUAUGAACAUUUCAUAUUUAAACCCCUUGAAUAUGAAAAGAGAAAAGGUAAAUUUCCUGGAGUACAUCUGGUGGUCUGAAUUGGGAAAACAAAACAUACAAACUAAAAAGGUCUAUUGGUUGGAUAACUUCAAACAAGUAGAAUUUAUCAAUGAUGUCUUUUUUUGGACAUUUUUUUGGUUCUGGUUGCUCUUAUUGCUUAACUAUAAUGGUAAAUUAAACUCAUUGUUUCCCUGCGUUAAAAUACAAUUCUCAAACAGGGCUGAAACAUUACACUGAGUGCAGAAGAAAUUGUCCCCAUGGGAAGAAAUGAGUAACUUUUGCACGCAAUUUUUUCCGAGAAAAGUUAACAUUACUGAGUACCAAGUACCUGUCGCAAUGUAAAUGUUUUGUUCGUGUUGUUAUUGUUAGACCGGCGGAAAGUUUGAAAAUGGUACGUGUAACUCCUGUAUGUGCCUUGGGGAUUCAGUUGUAUGUGCUCAAUCUUGCAAUAUCAAGUCCUGUCCAACGGUAAGUAAUCUGGAAUGGAUUCUGACCAAUUCUUUGAUAAAAAUGACAUUAAACAAAGGAAAAUUCGUGAAGUGUUAAGAGCAAGCUUGGAAAAAAUUUUGAUAGCACUUUUACAGUCUUAUCUAAAAUUCCUACCUCCUCUCCCAUCUCACAAAAGGCACACACUCGAGUCUGUCAUAGAGGUCUUCUCUUUAUAGAAUUCCUACUUCUCAGGAAUCCUUGAGUUCGCUCAAACGCCUUCCUGAGAACCAGGCCACCUCAUUAAGAGUCAAGAUUUUGGGGGGUAGUCCUUUAGGAUCGAAAAAAUUGGCUUAUCAUAGGGUCCCAUUACUCAGCCACGUGAGUAGUGAUUUUAUUAUCUUACCUAUUUUAGGGGGAGGAGCUUGUUGACGAACCUGGAAAAUGUUGUUUCUGCCGUAAAAAGCCAAGUAAGUUAUUCAGGACAUGUUACAGCUUGUGCAAACCUGCGCAGUAAAACCCAGUACUUUGGGAUUUAAACUUUAAGUUUUUGGGCGUGUUCUCCAAAAAAAGACAUCCCGGAAAGCUUCAUUUUACUUUUUUUUUCACCAAAAAAGUUAGUGCAGUUAUUUACACUGAAGGAGGUUAAGCCUCCCCCGAUGUCAAAAUGAUAAAACUUCUAAUUAACAAUUAUUCCUCGAGCCCGAAUGGGCUCUGAGUCAAUAGAGACCUUUAGAUUCAAGGCGAGAACGACUACGAGUACGAGAUUUGACUUAAAGUUUUUUCGCGUAUUCUCAAAAUAUAGACUCCCCGGAAAGCUUCAUUUUACCAUUUUUCACUAGAAACGUUAGCACUGUUACCUUUAGUGAAGGAGGUUACACGCUCUCCCGAUUGCAAAAUGAUAAAACUUCCAACAUUUGAUAACUCGUUUUCCCCACUUCGACAUUCUCGCUAAAAUUCGUAGUAGAGUGACGACGGCUACCACGUUUUCCCGCCAAAAUGACGCUGGUUCACGCGCGAGGUUUACUUAUUACUGAGAAAAUCUCGUACUUGUUGUCGUACUCGUCUUAGAAUUUAAAGGUCUCUAAUAGCCCAUGAGGCCGAAGGCUAAAUGGGCUAUUAACUCAGAGGUCAUGAGGGCGAGAGGAAUAAUUGUUUUAGUAAAAUCCAACUAGCUGGUCAAAAAUAUGGAGACAAAACAACUUUAGCUGGUUAAAGCUAGACUUUAAUCCUUUUUUUGCCGCCAAAAAGCCGGUGCUUUCGCUACUAGUGGGCUAUAACAUAUAGCCUAGUAGUAGCUCAACCAAUCAGAACGCAGCAUUGAUAAUAGACCACUAGCUGGAUUUUACUAACAUGUAAUAACUUGUUCCCGCCACUAUGACAUUCACGCUAAAACUCGUAGUAGAAUGACGACGGCUAUCACGUUUUCCCGCCAAAAUGACGCUGGUUCACGCGUAACCAAAACUCAGUAUUGAGAAAAUCUCGUGCUGUUAGUCGUCCUCGUCUCAAAAUCCAAAGUUCUCUAUUGUUUAUGCCGCAAAGUUCUGUGGAAUAAACCUAGAUCAGAGCACUUUGCAAACCCAGCAUACGAAGCGAAGGUUAAAAAUUGUUGCUGAAAGAAUUAAGUAAAAGUUGCUAGGAUAUGCUGAAAGGAUCAAGAAGCAAAAGAAAUGUUGGGACUUGCUGGCUAGAAAAUUGAACAUUGGUCAACAUUUGCGCAGAAAUCAUUAAGGGUACCUCUUUUGAGACAGUUAUUUCUUGAAGCAGGAGGAACUAAGGCCUUCAAUAUAUUGAUUUUUGCCUUCAAAUAUAUGGUAGGGAAUAGGCAUUAAGGCCUGUGUUAGAAAACAUAAAUAUUUCGAAGAAGUGGGAAAUGUGCAAUGAAUACAAUCAUGGCAGCCACGUUGGUGGUCAAGAAAAAAUAUCUCUAUCUUUUGGGAACUUAACUCCAUUUUCAUAUAAGCUAAGUAAAUUCAUUUUUUUUAUUGUAUUGACAACCAACAUGUCACGUGGUUGCAAACCAAGAAGUUUUAACACUACAGAGUUUGUGUAGGGUUGUGGCUAAUCAGACAAUGAGUGGACAUGGAGAUGAAGUGCGACCAUCAUAAGAAAAGAAACGAGCAAAUUAUUGGAAGGGAAUGUAAAAAACACAGACUGCCUAACUAAUAACUGAUUAAUCAGUAGGCUGCUAAGUGAUUAUAAUUAUUACAUGCCGAUGCCAGAAAUUUGAUUCAAAUUUGGAACUUUUGUGUUUGAUCAAGAGAGGAUAAAGGAGACAGAGAAGGCAUCUCCCAUACACACACUAUUCCAUAGGUAGUUCUUCUCGAGUUAUUUUUAAGACCACAGAUCCCAAGGGGGAUUAGACAACAGCCAAUCACAUAGUGCGAAUGUGUUCCGCGUGGAUGACCCACCCUCAGAGCUACCCGUCCUUCAGGAAUUGACGAAGAACAAAAUGGCGGAAGACGCGGAGAGCGAUAUUGGUAUUCGUUUUGUCGACGAAAACGACUACAGAGAGAUUUCUGCUAAAGCUGUGUCAGCGAAACGGAAAUUAAAAAAGAAUCGCCCUUCCUCUCUUGUAUAGAGCUAACAGUACGGCAGGGAAAUCCUUAACACACUGAAUAUUCUCUCAGGAUCAUUUAUAAUUUACAGGUUAAAGAGAGUUAUUUCUGGUUUGAUAUUUAUUCUUUUAUUAGUCUUUUAUUAUUCAACAAAAAUAACACUUGGCGUCCUACUUGCUUUAUUGUACAAACGACCAGUUUCAGUAGACCGGCGAAAUUUCUCGUUUUAUUAAAGCACUGAGGUUACGACAACUUCGAGCUAAACUGAUUUCAUGGAUUGUCAAAGAGUCUAGCGAUUCCCUUUUCCCAGGUGAGCGCCCACUCAUUUCGCGUCAAUAUUCAGGAAUGCUCUCGAUCUCUUUACGCUUUCAUUGCCUUUCGCCAGACAUGUUUUGCACGGCGUUUAGUCCUGCGAAACCUCCACGAAACAUCCACGCAGCGCGCGGGGUAACUUUAUCCCGAUUCUAAAAAUAACUCGAGACGAAUUACCUAUGGAAUAGGGUGUGAAUGGGGGAUGCCUUAUCUGUCCCCUUUAUCCUCUCUUGGUUUGAUUUAUAGUAAGAGAAGCUAUGUAACAUUUAAAAAGAAUUUAACACUUUUGUUUCAAUAGCAACUUCUGCAAGGAACUUAUCCACAACAAAUACCAUGGCAGGCGUUAAACCAACAUCAUAUAUGGCGCCAACUGUUCGAAAAGUACUGACGCCUAAAGUAUCUACCACAAGCGAAAGACAAACAACCGAGGCAGCCGCAAAUCAAAUCACAAGAGUGAAAACAUGGACAAAUUAUACGCAGACCACUCCUCAGCCUAUGAAGACAAAGACGAUACAAACAACUGCGGCGCCUAUUUCGUCCAGACUACCGUCAACAGAGUCUGCCUCCCCGAAGGCCGGAGUUAAACUCGGGCUUUGUGACGUUCAUACAAAAAACAUUAGUAGUAUAACUGAUGAGGCUGGUUGUUUUAGUACUCAGCCAAUUCAACAGACUUCAUGUCAGGGUUUUUGCAACUCAAUAGCGAUAGCAAACAUAAGUUCACCAUUCGUCCAGAUUCACUGUUCCUGUUGCAAGCCCCAGAAUUUUACCUUAGCGACCGUGCCAAUGCAGUGCCUAAAUGGAGGAGGGAAAUUGUUUAAAUAUUUUAUUAUAACUGAAUGCAGUUGCGAUUCUUGUGUAGACACCGUUUACCAAGCUAAGUUACAAACUAUGCAUGGAAAUGUCACAAAGCUGGCGGAUAAAAAGACUUUGAAUUAG